AUGAAAAACUUAACUUUAUCUAAUUUCAAACCACAAGAAUACAAACAACGUCAACAAUCAAAAAAUGAUAAUAAAAAUUGUUCAAUUAUUGAAUAUCAUCAUCUUACUGAAUUGAAUCUACUUGAUGUUAAUGUUGAUUAUGUCGAACAAUUUUUAGAUGAAACGAAAACAUCUUUCACAAAUAAUAUAUUUCUUACUAUCGAUUCUUAUCAAUUGAGAAAAGGAACAGACAAUUUUACAAGAAAUGAAAUGCUAGCCAAUUGUGGUAAACUCAAUCGUUUGAAUAUUAUCGGUCGAUUAAAAACUUCUAAGAAUCUCAAUGCAGAUUUUUCUAAUGUAAAUAAAAUACAGUUUUCAUGUUUUCUAAUAGAACAAAAUAUGUACAAUUGAUAAAUACCGAUCCAGUUUAUUGUGUUAAGGAAAAUCUGAAAUAUAUUAUUUCAAUUAAAAUUUGAUAGAAAAAUCUACAAAAAAUUUAUACAGUGAAGAAGAUUAUUUCAACAACGAAUGAUAUUGAUCUGGUACGGAUAUACGUAUGAAGGACUAUUCAAGUACUAACUGAUACCCUAGUCUUUCUCUCUUUCGUCUCUUGUUAUUUGAAGAAAAUGGGAAUCCAUUCUAUAUCGACCAUAAAUAUUAUAUUACAAAAAUAGACAAAACUAUAUUCAGAUAUAGUUAAAUAUGUACUCCGUACACAUACUUCAUAGUAUGAACCAUUGCGUUAAUUCUAAAGUGAUUGACAAUAUUAUGGUAACAUAUUAACUGAAAAUAUGUCGUGAAAAGUGAAUUAAACUAGAGCAGUUAAACAGAGUUUUCAAGAAAUUAAAAAUAAAAUAUUUAUAUUCGAUGUCAUUACUCGGUUAGUGAGUAUCACAAACUUUAGAAACAAAUAUGUUUGUUUCUGAAGUAAAAUUUUGGUCAAGUAAGAGCUAAAUUAAGGUUAACACGUCAGGAAAAAUAAAAAGCAUUGAUAUUACGCUUCUUUAAGGACAAGCUCUACAAUAACUGUUUAUCAUUUAAUGAAAUAAAAAAGAUAAUCCUUGAACCUGAUUGGACCGGCUGCUUUUAAGAUGUUUAAGGCCCACCCCCCACCCAAAAAAGUUGAUUUCUGUCAAAUUUAUCGAUUUUUUUUUAAAUAGCACAUGUGAUAGAGCAUCACGU